AUGGUUCCAGCCAGGCUCCCGCGUCCCAGGCAAGGCGCCGCGAAGUGGAGGAAGGUCGGCGCCCACGACGAUCGGACACUCGCAGGGCAGCUCGGGGGAACUCCGGUUGGCUGGCUGGCUGGCUGGCUGGCUGCCGCCGUCCAGGCCGUGCAGUCCUGGCUUCGGCCGCCGCCAGGUGAGCGGGGAGGCGGCGCCUCACCUGACUCAGGUGCACGGAGGGAAGUACCUGGGCGGGUCACGUGGCCAGGAGCGGGAGGCGGCGCCGUCGCGGGGUCGCCUUUGCGGGGGAACAAGCGCUCCGGCCGAAGCAGCUCCGGGAUCGGGAAGGGCCCGACGGCGGCUGAGCAGGUGAGAGGCGUCGGGGCUGGGAGGAGGAGGAGGGGGGGGAAAUGAUUGGGGGUACCGGCCCCAGAAGAGCCCCACCGCGCGGCCUGGCAACCCACGGCGAGGGAGCCAAGUUCUGCCCGGGACACCUGCCGGACGGGCGUGUGUGUGUGAAUUAGUUUCUCCUCCGAUCUUGCUGCUCUUAGGGUGAUUUUCGUGGCACAGGUGGGGUGGAAUAGAGGAGAGUAGGAAAUGGAGGCCCCCUCCCCACUUUGGGGUCUGGACCUUUCCUGCCCCCCCCCGGGGGCCUUUGCGGCUGCCACCGUCCGGCCCGGACUUCCCUAAAAAUGGGGAGCGCCGGUAACCCCCCCAUAGCCCCCCAACCUCCACUUUCCCGUUCUUUCCUGAGCAAGAAGGUGUCUGCAGUCCGAAGCUUCCUGGCAAGGGGGCGCUUCUGUUCUGCCCCGGAUCUGGGGCGGGGGGAAAGUGAUUUCCCUUUUCUUCCUCUUCCCUCCUCCUCCCCCGCAUCCACCUCUCCUGCUCGAGAGGAAACCGAGGCAGCUUUGCGUGGCAUCUGCAAAGAGGCGCCGGACGAGGAGAGCCGGCUGCGGGGCCGAGCGAGGGGGAAGAGGAGAGUUGCUGCCACUGCUCGCUGUGACUUUGGCUUCCCAAGCGGCCGAGUUAACCAUUAAGCAGCACUCCUGAACUGAUCGCAAGCCAAGCCGGGAACCCGGGGAGGGGGGGCACCUUCUUGACCCCCCCUCCCCCAAUCUGGGCUUUGCAGGCUGGGAAUAACCCAGAAAUUAUCCUUUUGGUUUGCAAUAGUCCCCAGCCGGCUGGCUUCUUGCUGCUGCGGGUGUGUUCCUCGGUGUUGUUAUGUUUUGCUAUGGCCCGUCAGUGUGUGUUCUGUUUACCGUGCUGGGCUGUGUAUCUGCUAGUACUUUUAAAAAAACAUAAUUACUCUGCUAAGCAAUUCUAGGGUAUGUUUGUGUGUGCACUCUCCUAGUUUAAGGACAGGAGGAGCUGUGCCUUACUGGGCCAGACCAAGGUCUGCUUAGCCCAGCAUUUUUAUUUUCAUUUUUGCAACCGGCGGCAUGAAAUAGCCUGCAGGAAACUCGCUAGCACUUUACAUUCGGCUCACCUGGUUAUGCAAAGGAGGCCAGGGCUCCUGUGCCCAUAAAAAGCACCACAAUGGGGUAGGAGGAGGAAUUUCAGCUGGCGAAGCCCUGGGUUCCUGCCCAUGGUAAGAGAUCUGGUGGUGGUUCCAGGCCACCCAGUAGGGUUGCCAAAUGGCCAACUGGGAGAACAAAAACAAAGCAGCUUCACCCCAUCUUGCUUUGCUUAAUGGCAGUUAAUAUGUGCAAAACAACAGCUACUACUAUGCUAUAAGAUCCACUGUCCUGUGACAUCAUAUAUGAGUUUGUACUACUGGUGAAGCCUAGGAUGGCAAAACAAGGCUAAUAUCCCGGAAAUCCUUGUCUUAGACUCUGUGAAAGGAUUCUGUGGAACUGCAACAACCUUUCGUGUGGAUUGUUGGACUCUAUGAACAGACAGGUGGAAUAGACUCUUUCACAUAUAUCGACCUUAUGCAUAAACUGAUUAGAGAAUGAACUGAUCCACUGGGUCUUCUACUUUAUUUGCUGAACUUUAUGAGCUACAGUCAUACCUUGGGUUAAAUAUGCUUCAGGUUGAGCGCUUUCGGGUUGCAUUCUGUGGCGACCCAGAAGUAACGGAACAUGUUACUUCCGGGUUUCGCCGCUCGCACAUGCGCAGACGGUCAAAAUGACGUUACGCGCAUGUGUGGAAGCGGCGAAUUGUGACCUGUGCAUGUGCAGGUGCACAGACGAGGGUUGCGUUCGCUUCAGGAUGCGAACGGGGAUCUGGAAUGGAUCCCGUUCGUAUCCAGAGGUACCACUGUACUUCUGUUGUAAUCUACAAUUCAAUACAAUGAAUAGUAUACAGUAUAUUAUUUUUUCAAACGUACAGCCGGUUACGUCUUGUGUGUUUAUUUAAUGGCAGUUAAUGGCAGCAGUUUGGAACACGCUUGGAAUCGCCGCAUGGAGACCAAAACAGACAUCUGGGGUGGUUGCUGUUCCUCCUCACACCUCCCUUUUGUUUUCAAAUUUGACAAAUAUGCAUGGCAUCAAAUUAACUUUUUAAUCCUUUCUUGGUUGACAUUUGCCUUUGAUUCCCUGGCUAGAGCCAUGCUGACUUCCUGAGAUGUGUUUUGCUUAUGGGUCGGCCUUCCUGGGGCCUUCAUUUCCUUUGAUGAAGGCCCUUGGAGAUGGCACUGAAGCUUCAUUUGGGGCUAAUACAGUUCUGUCAGACUUCUGGCUGGUACAGCCAGGUUUUCAGAGUAAAUAAAUGCCCAGCUUUCCAACUUUUCGGACCAGGCAUUCGCUAGCAGUAUUGCUCUGUUUUUGUGGGCAAAUAAUUGUGUUUCUUGAGGGUCUGGUGACUCACGUAACAAGCCUGAGAAGAAGGGUUGCCAGUCGUCUUUUCUCCUGGUCUCUGUGACUCCCUGGCCCUUUGACUGUUGGAUGACAGGCAGAAAUGAGCAGCUGAACUUCAUUUGCGUGUUUAGAAAAGCUUUACCUGCUGAAUUCUUGCUUGACCUGCUGCUAUUAAAAACUCCACUAGAAAUUACACCCUCCUGAGUUCAUAAAGUUUGUUUUUAAAAAAUGCCUUGGAGUGGCAUAUGCUGAAAUAUUAUACAAAUAGUUCUCAAGCGUUUCAGAACUUUGCAUCUAUUAGUAGAGUUAGAUGUGUCCCUCUGUACUGAGUUCAAAAGGAUUUUGUACCUUCUAGUUACCACCUCCUGAACUGAGUAUGAACAGGUGCUGGUAUGCCUCUAAGCUAUUAAAAGAGAGACACUCAGUAACUAUUUGCAGGCAAUUAAACUUUAUUUACUUUAGGAUUAUUCCAUGCUGUGUUUAUUUCAGGCAGGAAAAAGUUCAGUGGUGAUGGCGGCUCACCCACCUGGGCUACAGGGAAAGCCCACGUCAUCUAAGGCAUAAAAUCUGAAUGGCAACUACCUUCCACUUGCUGACAUGGGGCAUAGUCUACCAGGGUGUUCCCAAGAAUGGUGCUCUUCCAUAGUGCCCAUCCAUCUAAAUCAGAGCUGGGGAACCUAUAGUCCUCAAAGUGUUUGCUAUACUACAACUCCCAUCAUUCCUGAUAGGCCUGAUGGGAGUUGGAGUCUAACUAAACACUGCCACAGUUCCCCCAUCCCGAUCAAAGUGGGAGCGUUUUCCCCUCAGAGGGGCAGAUCUGUCUAUGGUCUUCAAUGGUUCCCCAGAUCAACUCGCAGUGAUGGCAGCCUCUGCUACACUGCAGAGAAGGAAAUUUGAAGCCACUUUUGCAAAAUUUGCAUCACUCACUGCUAUCCAAGCCAUAAUGGUUGGGCACCCCUUUGUGUAUGUCUCUGCAUUCUCUUGGUAGACUAGGGACCUUGCCAAAUACUCUUACGGCUUUGGCACACUGGCACCUCUUGACCUAAAUUGCCCUAGGUUAUAUUUGGGCAGAGAAAGAAAAAUCUGUCUGCUACUCAUUAGGAGAUACUUUCUCGGGGAUGAGGAAAAAAAUAUUUGGUAGUAGUUAUUGAAGCUAUGUAUCUCUUGUUGGCAUUGGUCUAAUUUUGUGCAGGGCUGGCCGGGCCUAAUAAAUAAAUAAAUAAAUAAUUACUUUUGCCCUGCCCAUCUGGCCGGGCAUCCCCAGCCAUUCUGGGCAGCUUCCAACACGAUAUUAAAAACACAAUAAAACUACAAACAUUAAAAACUUCCCUAAACAGGGUGUUAGGAUAUUUCCGUUCCACCUUAAAAGGGAGCAGGCUUUGAGAGUCACAGAGUCUGCAUAUUUCCUGUUCACAGGAUGUUUAUGUUUCCUAUUGCUUUCGUUUCUCUCUCUGUGUCUGGAGACACUGAUGCAGGCAGUCAUGUUUUUAUUUGUUCUGAUCAACGCUGAAUAAAACUUGUAAACAAUGCUCUCCUGCGUGCAACUUCUGCUGUGAAUUAUCUGCUGAUAGAGUGUGCAUGAGCUCUGGAAUGUGGCAAGCUAUUUCUAGAAACUCGUGUCGCUAAUUGCUGAUACUGUAUCUACGGGAGAUCGAUGGAUCGUCCGGCAGCCGGCUUGGGGGCCAUGAUGGACUUUGUCUCCCUGGCAGUAUCCCAACACAGGGCUGCCUUCGGAUGUGUUCUAAAAGUCAGAUAGUUAUUUAUUUCCUUGACAUCUGAUGGGAGGGCGUUCCACAGGGCGGGCGCCACUACCGAGAAGGCCCUCUACCUGGUUCCCUGUAACCUCGCUUCUUGCAGUGAGGGAACCGCCAGAAGGCCCUCAGAGCUGGACUUCAGUGUCCGGGAAGAACAAUGUUGGUGGAGAUGCUCCUUCAGGUAUACUGGUCAGAGAGGGGGGUACCUGGGGGCACAGAGUGGCAGUUGGAGAAGAGAGCCCUGUGUGCCAUAUGGUCUGCACUGUGCCCCCUAAAGUCGCCUGCUGCCCUCGGGCAUGGUGGAGGACCUUUUUCUGGCUCUGGCGUUGAAGUAAGAUCCGGUUGCCAGUUCAGUCAGCUUCUGUAAGUGGAACAGGGGGUAUGGGAUGUGUCACUAUCUUGUCCUUCAUCUCGGGCAGCAAAAUGUCUUGGGCUAGCUAGCCGUGAGCCUUGUGGGCAAUUUGUGCAUGAUGUGGUGUACGUAGUUCUGGCGCUUGCUCAGUCUUUCUGGGUAUGUUUGCUUUCUUGCUUUGCACCAUUGAUUGUGAUGCUGGCAUUUUGAGUCCCGUCAGGGAAGAAGGCAGGGCAUGAAUAAAGACGUAAUAUAUAAUAAUGAUAAUAAUUUGUUCCUGACAAGGAUCCAGCCUCACACUGUGAUUCAACGUCACACAGUUACUUCACUCAACAUAAAAGGAGCUUGUCAUGCUUCCAUAGAAUUGGUAUCACCUCCCAUUUUGAAAGAUGACUCACAGAAACCUGCAAAGGUCAUGGGAAUGAGUCUUUGUCUUGAAGCUGCCUUUCUGACCUAGACUUCUCUUUGCCAAGGAAUUUGAAACUGCAAGGAUGUCUUGCAUAGGAGCCCCAGGCAAGGAGCAGAAUACAAUGCGAAUGUUUGCUCUUUCAUAUGAUAGCACCAAGGUGCCUAUCUUAUAUAAAGCCCAAUAGCUCCUCGGCAUGUUGGAGAGGAUUCUAGAUUAUAGGUACAUACCAACAUAUGUGGAGGGAAUGUCCACAAAUAGAACAAUGUUGGGAGAAAGUUUCUAAAGAGUUACUUCCGAUUACAGUUCAGGCAAUCCCAAUGACUCUAGCUUUAGCCUUACUUAAUUUAUAUACCGGUACUUCAGAUAUGGACCAAUUAAAAAGUAGAGAAUUAAUAGCAUAUAUGUUAACAGCAGCUAGAAUGGAAAUAGCCAGAACUUGGAAAAUUAACUUGCAAUUAAUGAAUGUUGAUCACUGGUGUAAUAUAGUCUGGUAAACAGCUAUAAUGGAAAGGUUGUUGCAAAAAUUGAAGGCGGCAAGAGGAGAGAAAAAACAAGACACUUUUUUCACUGUAUGGUAUGAUUUUAUUAAAUAUACAAAAGAACCAGCAUAUAUCGCACUAGGGUGUAGAUAUGCAGGCAAUAUUCUAGCUCACUCCUAUUAUUGUGUAUUUUCCAAGUUUAUUUAUUGAAUAAUUCAUUGGACUGGGUGACUGUAAUCACCUCAUUAUUGUACCCUGUAAAAUAAUAUAUUAAGAACCGUAUUUUACACACCUCCAGUGAUGCUUUUUUGUGUCAGAUGUCGUGUUUUAUGAUUUAUCGGUCUAAGAACGGAAUCUAAACGAUGGAAGGGUACCAGUGGCGGGAGGCCUCAUUAGGGAAAGCGUGCCUCAGUUUAAGAAUGGUUUCGGUUUAAGAACGGACUUCCGGAAAGGAUUGAGUUCGCAAACCGAGGUACCACUGUAUUGGUAGAAAAUUAAUUAAUUGAUAAAAGGCCCAGCUAGUCUAGUAUUGUGGCCAGUUAGAUGCCCCUGGGAAGCUCUUGAGCAGAGCAAGAGGCGAAAUAGUUGACUCCCCAGUUAUCUCCAAAUUUGUUAGGUGCCAUAAGGUCAUUAAGGUAAUCGGCCUUCCCCAACCUGGUGCCCUCCCGAUCUUUGCUAGAGCCGCUUGUAAUGUGGUGGUGAUGGUUUAUGCAAGUGUGUCUGUCCGCAGUUCCAAGUGGUGGUGGCGGGAGGCAAAAAUCCCAUGGCGGGGGGAGCACAUCGAAGCCCACGGGCAUACCGAAAACAGUCCUUUGGAUCCCCUCCAAUGUGUAAUUAAGCAAAAGAAUUCAUCGCCACAGGACGUGGUCAAGCUUUUAGAAAGGGAUUAGAUUGAUUCACUGGUGGGUACCAGACACAGUAACUACAAGAGGCAACCUUUUGUGUUGUUGACGGUUGUGGCUGCCAGAUGUGUCUUGCUGGUGAACUUGCUAGGCACAUCUCAUGGUAUUGUUGCAGGCAGAAAGCUGGGCUUAGGUGGAUGAUUGAUGGAUCUGACUCAGUAAAUUAAAAUUCCUGCCGACAUGACUAUUAUGCAAUGGUGCAGUUUUGUUUCCAGCGCUGGAAAUGGAGCGGUGCUUGACGUGUACUCCCACUGAACCAGUAAUCUGGGGAAUGUUCAGUUUGAAAUGUUCUGCUGCGAAGCUGGUGGGGUGCUUGUGUGUUUUUGCUUGUGUGUGAAAGAUUACCGAAAUCGCCUGAAAACGGAAGGCACCAAUGAAGUACUAGAACAGGAGUCAGCAGACUUUUUCAGCAGGGGGCCGGUCCACUGUCCCUCAGACCAGGUGGUGGGCCGGACUAUAUUUUGAAAAAAAAUAAUGAAUGAAUUCCUAUGCCCCGCAAAUAACCCAGAGAUGCAUUUUAAAUAAAAGCACAUUCUACUCAUGUAAAAACACACCAGGCAGGCCCCAGAAAUAACCCAUAGGUGCAUUUUAAAUAAAAGGACACAUUCUACUCAGGUAAAAACACGCUGAUUCCUGGACCGUCCGCGGGCCAGAUUUAGAAGGUGAUUGGGCCAGAUCCGACCACGGGCCUUAGUUUGCCUACCCAUGUACUAGAACUUCACAGAGCUCCUUGAGGCCCAAGGUCUUUGGAGUGUUGUUUAUAUAGUGGCUUCAAUGUGCCGUGUGCUUUGCAGAGAACAAGACUGCAGGUCCCUGGUGUGAGGAGCUUGCAGACUAAGACUUGACACACAGGAAGUGGAAGCAAGAAUAAAUAUGUGGAUUUCCCCCCAGUUAUAGACGGUUGCAGACUUCGAUGUAGUUGGCUGUGGCAGAAAGUCAUGCUUCUCAGCAAACAACAAUGUCUAGAAUGUACAUAAGGCCUGAGGACUGUUAACAUGUGGGGGCCUGCUAACAUUGGGGAGGUGGCUAUGGCAUAAGACAGCCUCCCCUCUAACAUGACGCCCUUCAGAUAUUUUGGACUACAGUUUCAGUUGGCCUCAGCCUGCAUGAUGGGGGUUGUAGUUCACCCAGCAGAAAGGAGUUGCUGUGGGCUUCCCUUUCCUGGGUGUAGAGGCUUACAGAUGUCUUCCAUCUGAAUCAAAGUGCUUCUUCAGCCUGAGAAAGUAGCAACCAUUUUGCGUUUGGAUUAAGCCGUGGAGAGAUGGGGUGGGGUGAGGACUUCAUACAGGGGGGGUUAUCAUCCUGGGCCAGCAGGGGGAUACUGUAGAUAGUUAUGCAAAUGAAGGAUCGAAAGUGACGUUCAGUGAUUGGAUAGUUUGUAUGCAAAUGAAGGAUCGAAAGUGACGUUCAGUGAUUGGCUAGUUACAGAAAAUGGUUACUGUUGCAUUCUAGUGGAGCUCUAUAUAAGCAGGCUGACUGAGCUCCUCAGUUCAAUUCUGUUCCAGCUUACAACUAAAGAGCUGCUUUGGAAGAAUCGCUGUGUUGUCUGAUAUGUUUGCCCACAACUUAACACUAAGGGUGAGUACAGAUACAAGUUGUUUGAGCACUUGAGAGCAGCUGUGGGUGGAAAUGUCGUUGUGCUGUUUUGCAGCAGAGGCUGGCAGUGAAAGAGUGCCGACCGAUGAGCAUUGUAAUGUCAAAAAUUGACCUUCCCCCUCCACCCUGCUCAGAACAAUCUUUCUGCUCCUCUAAAAUGGAUCUUCAUUUCUGAAAUGGCAAACAAAUGUUUCAAUCGGGGUGUUGCUAGACUCCUGACUCACAUCUGUCCCAGCCAGCAGAGCCAGUGGUCAGGGCUGAUGUUGCGGCAACAUCUGGAGGGCCACAGAUUCCUCAUCCCUGCUUUAAAAGAAUAAGCAAUGAAUGUUGUUACUGCCCCCUCAAUCCUUCCAGAGCUGUGCUCCAGGAGUCUUGGCCCUCAACCAGGGUCUGUGCCCUGAAGGCAACCCUGUAUCGGGAAAUUUUUAAUGUCUAAUGUUUUACAAUUUUUUAUGUGCUGUAAGCCACCCAGAGUGGCUGGGGAAACCCAGCCAGAUGGGUGGGGUAUACCCAUUUACCUAGUAACCUUCAAAAUUCCCAGUCUCUUUUCACAGCGGUGAGAGGGGGGAGGACAGUUCUCUUGCAUUGCCAAUGACCUUCAGUGGCCCUCUGUUGUUUCUUAAUAGCUUUAGCUUGGCCAGGUAAUUUGCACAGGCUAGCUCAGGAAUUCCUCUGCAGCUUGUAUUUCUCCCUUCAUAUCCCAAAUAAUCAAAAUCUUGCCAUUUAUUAAUUUCUAGGGUUAGGGGAUCCCCUCCCCAAACUUAUAACAAUAUAUACACUUUUGUUGUUAUCUAGCUGUUUAGUUGUGUCCGACUCUUCGUGACCCCAUGGACCAGAGCACGCCAGGCACCUCCUGUCUUCCACUGCCUUCUGCAGUUUGGUCAAACUCAUGCUGGUAGCUUCAAGAACACUGUCCAACCAUCUCGUCCUCUGUCGUCCCCUUCUCCUUGUGCCCUCAAUCUUUCUCAACAUCAGGGUCUUUUCCAGGGAGUCUUCCCUUCUCCUGAGGUGGCCAAAGUAUUGGAGCCUCAACUUCAUGAUCUGUCCUUCCAGUGAGCACUCAGGGCUGAUUUCCUUCAGAAUGGAUAGGUUUGAUCUUCUUGCAGUCCAGCCAGAAUACUGGCAGAGCAGGUGACUGAGAUCAGUGUUCAAAUCACUGAUAACUUUAUAGCAUGUCACAGGUAUGUUUGUAUGUUUUCUUAUUUCUGAAAUUGUAUCGCUACCCCUUCAAUGUUGCUGGCACUCCCAGGGUGUCCUACAGAAAUAACAACAACAAUAAUGGCGCAAUAAUAUUAUAAUAUAACCAGAAAAUAGUACAGCGUGAAACUCUAGUCAAAGAGGGGGCUAUAUGGUACCUUGAAAGAGCUUGGGUACAAUACUUCAAAAAAGGUAGGUGGGUGGAACAGUGCGGGGUGGGGGUGGGGGUGGGAAGAGGCAGUGAGUCCUGCUUAAAGGUUGUUCAACAAGACUCCCCACUUCGCUUUGGGCUGCUUGCCAAAAGUGGGGGAAGUUGAGCCAGGAAGAGAGAUCCUGCCCAGGUGUGAUUUAAAUAAAUAAAUAUGCUCUUAGCUUGCCUUCCUUCCUUCCUUCCCAGUUCCUGUGUGAUGUUGCAAUGCCAAGCUCUGUUCUUCUGCCAUGUUUUCUUCCCUCCCUCAGGUUUCCUCCAUGUCUGGAAGUGUGAUGUUGCUUACAGGGACUGAUGUCAUCAUGUGAAAUAACUCUGUCACUCGGUGACUCUUGCCUAGCCCCAGCUUAUGAAUGCAAGCUGGCUAUUUUUAGACCUCUUUCCCACCCAACCCUGAAGGUUUGAGCAUUAAAUUACAGUAUAACCCUAUAAUGAUGAUGAUGUUGAUGAUAGGGCCUGUGUCACUUUAUGUUUCCCCACAACGUCCUUGAGGUGAGGUUUAGGCUGAGAAUGUGUCUUGCCAGAGGCAAGAACCAACUCUUCCAAAUCCAGGAAAAUCCAUUGUUACCCCCCUAGGCAGCAUCAUUUAAAUGCUAAUCUGUUGCCUUUAUAGCACAUUGCCUCUGAGUGUUCCAAGCUUAAUCUGGGUCAGUUUUGCAACUCUUUGUUAUGUAGGCCUGUGUUAUGUACUCUCAGUGCAGGGACAGAUCAAUCAGUGGCUUGCCUAAAGCCCAGCCCAAGAGUUCCUGCCUGAAGUGAUCCAAACUGGGGUUUUCUGGUUCAUAGCUCAGCUACUGAACCACCAUGCUGUGCUAGUGGAAGUUAAGUCAUAGGUUUCAGUGGGACUUAUUUCGAAGUAAACGUGAAAAGAUUGCAACCCUUUGUCAGCUUGGCUCCACUGCCUGCUAUUUCACACAUUUCCCAGCAACAACUCUUGAGGUUUCUCCCACUUUGCGCCCCAACACUGUGUGUCUUCUGAAAAAUGAGUUACGGCCAAUCCUGGGUCUCCAACAAGUAUACCUAAAUGAGGCACACAUUUUUGAACACCUGCUCAUUGCCCAUGGGUUAUCUUGAUAGUGUAAUGUGUGAAGAGGCCCUGGUAAUCGCAUGCAUGAUGAAGUCUCGCACAGGGUUGCUUUGGGUGGACUUUGGUGACAACAGAAUAUCUUUCUUCUUCUUCUUCUUCUUUGGCGAUCACUCAUAGUCGAGUAAGAUUGUCUUCCAUGAACACUAUCUUAACAAUGAGUCCGUAAGUGGAGGUCAAUUCUGGAUCCACACAUCCUUCCACAGUGGGAACAUAGGUUUCCGGGCAGGAGUUGAUCACUGUGAGGGUUUGCCAGACAUGCCUUCCUCUUAGCACAUUUCUCCCUUUCAUCCUGAGUUCGAGCAUCUUUGAAGCCCAUGACACCUUUGGUAAAGGCUGUUCUCCAAUUGGUGCUCAUAGGCCAGUGUUUCCCAUUUGCCGCUGUUUAUACUACAUUUUUGUAGAUUUGCCUUGAGAGAGUCUUUAAGCCUCUUCUUUUUACCUCAACCACAACAGAAUGUAACAAAUGGCCCACAGAUUUAUGGUAACUGGUGACUGUGGAGAGGCAAGAAGUUGUAGAAGGAAUCUAAUAUUGGUAAAUAAUUUAUUGUAUGCUACUUUUACGUGACUGCAUUUAGUAGGAAAAACACUCAGGGCGAUGCAUCUCUUCUUCCCUUCAUGGAUGAGGUGGGCCUGAUGUGUAAAUUCACAUACUUCAGAAGACAGGCACCACUUGCUCUGUCCCUCUCUCCCCUGUAGCUUGUGGUGGUUUGGCCAGAAUUUGACAUAAACGACACUAAAAUGAUAACCUAAAUUCUUAUUUGUUAGCAUUUGUUUAGAUUUUACAUGAGUUUCUGGCAUAGGAAUUAAAUGAAUAAAUAAUAAGUAAAGGACCCCUGGAUGGUUAAGUCCAGUCAAAGGUGACUAUGGGGUGGCGGCACUCAUCUCGCUUCCAGGCCGAGGGAGCCGGCGUUUGUCCACAGACAGCUUUCCGGGUCAUGUGGCCAGCAGGACUAAACUGCUUCUGGUGCAAUGGGACACCGUGAUGGAAACCAGAACGCACAGAAACAUGGUUUACCUUCCUGCCACAGCGGUACCUAUUUAUCUACUUGCACUGGAGUGCUUUUGAACUGCUAGGUUGUGCCGACUCGAACUGCCGACCUUCCAAUCAGCCAGCCCAAGAGGCUCAGUGGUUUAGACCACAGUGCCACCUGCAUCCCCAUCUUACUAUUAAUGGAAGCCGUGGACCCUCCAGAUAUUGUUGGACUAGAACUCCAUAUCAUCCCUGACUAUUAUUGCCCUUGCUGGCUGGGGCUGACGGGAGUUUGAGUACAACAGCCUCUGGUAGGGCACAGAUUCCCGAUCCCUAUAACAAAGCACAACAAAAGAAGGCAGAGGGCCUUCUCGGUAGUGGCACCCGCCCAGUGGAAUACCCUCCCACCAGAUGUCAAAGAGAAAAAUAACUACCAAACUUUUAGAAGACAUCUAAAGGCAGCCCUGUUUAGGGAAGCUUUUAAUGUUUAAUAGGUUACUGUAUUUUAGUGUUUGUUGGAAGCCGUCCAGCGUGGCUGGGGAAACCCAGCCAGAUGGGUGGGGUAUAAAUAAUAAAUUAUUUUUAUUUAUUUUUUAUUUUAUUUUAUGCAAGAAACGCUACAGAUUGUUAUUAUAGAACAGCAGCAAAUUUAGUACGCACUAUUCAUUACCAUAGUGAGUAAGAAAAACACACAGUCCCUAUUUUUAAUAGGUAUAGCUGCAGGGUGUGGUGCCGGCCCCUAGAAAAGAAAAAAAGGGCAGAACAGGAAAAAGGGCAUUAUGACCCUGAUAAUUGGUGAGCUGCUUGGACUUGCUCUUUCGCAGAUCCACUUAGGGAGUGUUGCUAGGAUAGACCUUGCCAGCUCACUUGGGGCCUCUCUUAAACUGACAUGCCAUCCCUGAGUAUAUUGGACAGGAAGGAGCAGCUAGUUCUGGCUCCCUGAUGAGUGGACCUGCACACACACACACAUACACAUUUGCAAGUUUACAUUACAUUUUUAAGUAGAGGCAACUCCCUGUUUGCAUGGCGGUUGUGUUCCAGGUCAUUGUGCGCGUGCGUGAACUUGCGUAUACUCAGAACACCUAUUGAAAAAGCCUGCAAACACCCCAUGUCACUUCCGCCCCUUUUUGUGAUGUUUUUGGGUCGCUUCCGGGUUCGGCACGAUGCACGCGUGUGCGGUCACAUACAUAUCGGACACACCGUUUUGAGUGUCACACUUCUGUUUUGAGUGUUACGCUGAGGUCUGUCUGUUUCUGCUACUUAUUUUGCAUUUUUGUUUUUGCGGCUUUUUUGUUUUGUUUUUGUGACUGUGUGGAACCCAGUUCAGCUCCUGAUGGAUUGAUUGUGUGACUGCAGUACAUUGUUUAUUGCUUUCAUCAAUGAUCUUGUUAGAUAGUAAAAAUCAUGUUAAAUAGCUGUUUUAGGGGUUGUUUUUCAAAGUCUGGAACGCAUUAAUCCAUUUUGCAUUACUUUCUAUGGGAAAGCACGCCUUGGUUUUGGAACGCUUUGGUUUUGGAACGGACUUCAGGAAUGGAUUAAGUUUGAGAACCAAGGUACCACUGUACUGCUUUUAAAAUAAGUAGUUCAUAUAUAUUGGUAGUUUUUGUAACUUUGCCUUUUCAGGAAAGUUUUCCUCAAAUGUGGGGUAUAAAUAAUAUAAAAUAAUAAAUUUCCAUGUUGUCAGGGAUGCUGGGAGCUGGAGGCCAGCAAAGUCUGAGUGUGUUCAGGUUUUUCCAUCCCUGCAAAUGCAGGUAGCAGAAGUAGCCGUAGAUUUUGGAGUAUCACAGAUUUCCUUUCUCUCUCCCUCUCUUUAAAAAUUCAGGCCUUUAACUCCACCGUCGGAUAUUGCAGGACUUUAAACCGGCUGAAGUGUUUUGGAGGCAGCUGCGGGGCAAAGGGAGCAUCUGGGCCUGUGGCUUCCCUUCCUUCCUUGGUGGAGGCAGUGGGGUAA